AGGGCGUGUCUGUGGGGUUAGGAGGAAAAGAAAAUGGCUUUGCACUAUGGGACUGAGAAACACUCUCGUUGUGAUGGCCCUCCUGCUGUCUGGUGCUGCUUCCUUGGAAAGUCAGGCAUUUUUCAACGAGACUGGAGACCUGCCAUGCCACUUUCCAAACUCUCAAAACCUAAGCCUGGAUAAGCUGGUGAUAUUUUGGCAGGACCAGGAUAAGUUGGUUCUCUAUGAGCUGUACAGAGGCCAAGAGAAGCCUCACAAUGUUCAUCCCAAGUAUAUAGGCCGCACGAGCUUUGACCAGGACAGUUGGACACUGCGACUCCACAACGUUCAGAUCAAGGACAAGGGCUUGUAUCAAUGUUUCAUCCAUUAUAAAGGACCCCAAGGACUGGUUCCCAUCCACCAGAUGAGUUCUGACCUGUCAGUGCUGGCUAACUUCAGUCAACCAGAAAUAAAUCUAAUUUCUAAUCAAACAGAAAAUUCUAACAUCAUAAAUUUGACCUGCUCAUCUACACAAGGUUACCCAGAACCUCAGAGGAUGUAUAUAUUGCUAAAAACUAAGAAUUCAACUACUGAGCAUGACACUGUCAUGAAGAAGUCUCAAAAUAAUAUCACAGAACUGUACAACGUUUCUAUCAGCAUGUCUCUUUCCAUCCCUCCUGAAACAAAUGUGAGCAUCUUCUGUGUCUUGCAACUUAAGCCAACGAAGACACUGCUUUUCUCGCCACCUUGCAAUAUAGAAACCAUCAAAGUGGAGGGGAAAGAGAGUGAACAGACUGAGAAAAGAGCAGAACUCCAAGAACCUGAAAGAUCUGAUGAAGCCCAGUGUGAUAUUAACAUUUCAAAGACAGCCUCCGGCGACAAAAGUGCUACACAUUUUUAAUUAAAGAGUAAAUGCCAUAGGACUAUCCGGUUUUUAUAUGCUUUUCUUUUCAAGUUUUGACUGACCUUUUUCUUGUCUCUCUAAGCCUUCCCAGAAGGCAAGAAAAUAUUACUAUUAAUAAUAGAGGGGGCUUCGCGAUUCCCUCUAAGUGAAACAGCCUCCCUACAAUGCCAGCUCUGCUCUCUAUGCCAGGAGCAGAUUUUAACUGUUUCUUUUCAUUUCAGAGCACACUUGUGGGUCAAGCCCACCUAACUGGUUCCUGGCUCAGGAAUCAUGUGUAAGACUAACACCUCCUGUUUCAGAUUCAGUCCUUUUUCUUAAUGUUAUAAAUUGUGUUUUAUGUAAAACUCCCAAUUCCUGGAAUUGUGGCUUUUAUCUACUCUGAAUCUCAGGUAGUGCCUCAUUCCAUCUCGUAUACCUGUGACUGAACAACUACCUUUUCAGUCCGGGUGGGAGUUAUGUAUUUUAUGGCCUUAUAGUGUUAAUAUUAACAUUUUGAAGUAUAAAGAAAUAUGUACUAUAAUAAUGUAAUUACUGAGAAAAGUCCACCCUCUACUAAGGAGUUCCUGUCCCUCUGUGAGGGUCAGUAAGGACAGCGGUGGCCCAGUGUGCUGACACCAGUGAGCAGACCAGCUCAAAAUCUGAGAAAUCAGAGGCAGAGAAGGAACCAGUUCUGUAGCCAUUACCAUCUGGGCUGUUGCUAAUGUUAAGGAGGAUCCACCUGCCCAAGAAGCUACUGCUGAGCCUUAGCAAGGAGGGCUGGAUAAAGCAGGAGAGUGCUGUGCAUCAUAAACCCUGCUUCUCUUC